AUGAUUGACAGAGUGGGCGUGGUCAGUGGGCGGGGCUUUCUGCCAGAGCGAAGCGAACACGCUGCUCCGUUGAUCGGUGCGCCGUUCCCCCUCGAUCCGUGCAGACGCCCACACCUUGUGAUUCGCGAUUCAUGAUUCACGAAUCGCAGCGCGUUUAACGCACCCCGACUCCACCGGACGCGAAGCGGACCUACGGAACCCAGCGCUCCACCGGUAUACGUUCAGCCGCAUCUCAUACGGGUCAUGACGCUAGAGGCGAUCCGGUACCGGCUCGGUUCUCUGCAGAUCCUCAACCAGCUGCUGCUGCCGCACGAGACCGUGUACGACGAGAUCCGCUCGGUGCGGGACGGAUAUGAGGCCAUCAAGAGCAUGAAGGUGCGCGGCGCUCCCGCCAUCGCCAUCGUGGGCUGCCUGAGCCUGGCGGUGGAGCUGCGGGGGGGCGCGGGGGGCGAGGACCUCGUGUCCUUCAUCAGGGACUCUCUGUGCCACCUGACGUCCGCUCGACCCACGGCGGUCAACAUGGGCCGAGCCGCCCGCGAGCUCAUGGAGUUCACCGAGAACGAGAGCAUGGAGAAGAACACGGAGCAGCUCCGAGACAGCGUGAUUGGCUGGAUCGAGGAGAUGUUGGAGCGAGACGUGAACGACAACAAAAAAAUCGGCAACUACGGCGCGCAGCACAUCCUGUCAGGCGUCCCGCGAGACUCGAUCACCAUCCUCACGCACUGUAACACGGGCAGCCUGGCCACCGCGGGAUACGGCACGGCUCUCGGAGUGGUGCGGUCGCUGCACACGCUGGGCCGCUUGAAGCGUCUGUACUGCACAGAGACUCGACCCUAUAACCAGGGCGCCCGGCUGACGGCGUACGAGGCCGUGGCGGAGGGGUUCCCGGCCACCCUCAUCACAGACAGCAUGGCAGCGCUCGCCAUGAGGGAGAAGGGCAUCACAGCUGUGGUCGUCGGAGCGGACAGGGUCGUGGCCAACGGCGACACGGCCAACAAAGUGGGCACGUAUCAGCUGGCCAUCGCUGCCAAGCAUCAUGGGAUACCGUUUUACGUGGCGGCGCCCAGCACGUCCUGCGACCUGAGUCUGGAGAGCGGACGAGACAUCGUGAUCGAGGAGCGUCCAGCUCACGAGCUCACCAGCAUCAACGGACUUCCUGUGGCCGCUCCUGGGAUCGAUGUGUGGAACCCUGCGUUUGACGUCACUCCUCACCAGCUGAUCACGGGCGGCAUCAUCACAGAGCUGGGUGUGUUCCUGCCGUCUGAGCUGCAGGCCGCUCUCACCGGGAGACUCACUGCUCUGUAGGCUCUCGCCCUCCUCAUGGGUUCACCUCACUGUACACACAAGCGUCAGCACCGAGGUGUAAACAAGCUAUACUAGACACGAUCCAUUCAACACUUACAACGAGGAAUAACACCAUGUGACACACACUUGUACAACCCAGGGAUGCUUGCAAACACACACACACACACACACUUACACACGUACGUUCUCCUUCUCUCUGUGUGUACAGCUCAUGUCACGUCAUCUCAUGUCUUCUUCACUUUUCCACUCGUUUCUUCCCCUCUCUCUGGCUCAGCUCCCGUUUUAAACAGGAAGUGUUUCACAGAGGUGGUAAACAGUGUAGUACAUUCAGAGUAUUUCCAAAUACGGGUCAACUGAUGUCCCUUAAGAAUGACGCUCAUGACCGCUGUUGAGAACACAUCCGGGUCGUAUUUCACCCCAAAAUCAAAUGGAAAAUGAGCAUUAAAUUUUCUAUAAAGUAGAAAAAGCCUAUUUUGGAACUGAUUUUGCUUUGUGAUUUUAAUGGCACUUAAAUAUUUAGAAAUUCCUCCAUGUUCUCAGUAAUGUAAUACAAAAAAAAACUGAUAUUAACAGAAUUUUUGAUUAAAAAAUAUUAUCUAACAUUAAAUAAUAUUGUGUUGUACUACUAUAAUAUUUUUACUGUAAUACUGUAAAAAUGGUAAUCUAUUACAGUAAUGAGAAUCUAAUAAAGAAAUUUGAAAAUAUUCUCAAAAGUACAUUCCAAAAAAAAAAAAAAACUUUUAAACUGUAGACUUUUUUUUUUUUGCAUUACGUUAAUUUUGAGAAUUUUGGGCAGUAAAUAUAUUAGUGUCAUCGUCAUGAUCCUAAAACGUUUUCGCAAGACUUAAUGGAAAAUGUAAUGCCAUUUCUUUUGAUUUUGAGGUGAAGUGUCUUCAUGAGAUGUUCCCUUUACCGGUCCGACUGUUUAUUAGUUAUAAUAACAGAUUUAUGUCAAAUAUGAGCCCAUUUUAGAUAAGGGCUGUACUUUAAUCUACAUAUACACGAUUUAUUGUGAUCUGAGUUGCAGUCCUGGUACAAGCAGUGCCAUAUAAACUGUCUCAUGUCACAAAAUCAAGAUGUUAUAUUAACAUUAAGAGAGAUGUGAAGCUUGCAAUCGAGCAAAUAAAACAAAUAAAGAGUAAGAGCAUUCAUAUCCAGAUGAUUUUUAACCUUAUUUGAGGAAAUACAGUAUGUUAGAACAAACUUAUUUAGAGUAGAAUAGUCAAUCUACCUAAAACGAACAAUUACCGGAGAGUGAUUUGAACUUCAAGGUUUCAGGUUUAUCUCGAGCACUAUGGAUUGGUAAAAAUGAGGUACGAAUCAAAUUAUUUUCACGUACAGCUACAGACGCUGGGGUUAAACCUGCAAUGUUUCUUUAAAUCUGUAAUUUAGGCAGUUGUGUUUGAUCAAGGUGUGGGAAAAUGGUGCUAUGGAGCUAGAUGUUAGACAAUACCUCAGAAGAGAUCCCAGACUCCUCUAGUACUUCCACUCUGUUUUUAUCCUAGUUCUGUCUUGUAUAUAUUCACACGAUCGCACACACAAACACACAAUCACAGUCGAGCCUGGUUUUGGGCGGAUCUUCGGCUGUGGAUCAACGCCGUGAGUUGGUCCGGGCUUGCGCUCCGUGAAACCGAAUGUAACGAGGCCCAAGAUCCUCACUGCCUUACGAGACCAGCAAAAACACCCCGCCCACUGAUGUCCGAUUGGCUGAAUGAGACGGAGCCACGCCCACCUCUCACUUACAGCAUUCUGAAAUCACCACGGCAACCCGAUCAUAACAGACUUACUUAAAAUAACAACGUAUGGUUUUUAUCACAGUCCAGUUUCUCACAGUAUCAGUGUCACAUUAAUAAACUUUAGUCAGGGUAACGCCGCAUUGAAUUUCUGCUGAAAUGAAAACGAGGCUGGACAGAAUUACAGAGCGUUAAAUGAAUUGAACUGUUGUUUAACAACAUAUCUAAUGAAACGUCUUCAUGUAUUAAACUCUAAGAAGACAAAAACUACAUAAAACAGUCUUGAAGGCUGUGAGUUUAUAGACCUUUAUACAGUGUGUGCGACGACAGUACGUCCUCGUUUAUAAUUCGCGUUAAAUUCAUAAUGGCGUCUAUCCUGAUUAAAGACCUGUUUGCACGUUCACACCAAGAACAAUAGCUAUAAAGAUAACUAUAAUCUGAUAUCAUCUGUCUAUUCUAAGCGCAGUGCGUCUGCCGCUUUAAAUGCUUGAGCUCGUUAUAGCCAUAGACAGUAAAUGAAAUGGACACAGCAACCCCAUUGGAACUCAAUUGAGACAAGUGAAGCCCAUUUUUAGCGUUUUUUAGCACUUACGUUUCUGAAACGCAGACUCAAACGAAGCUUGACGACGUCAGCAACCUGUCUGACAGAUGUAAAUCUUCUAGUAGCUGUGCGUGCAAACUGCCAUCGUUAAUCUUGCAGAGACGGCGAGCUUGAGCGGGGAGCUCUUUGGAGUGAGUGAGCAGGAGUAAGUAUUCUGAUUAAUUAUUUUGUAUAGUAUUUUAAAAUGUAACGCCAGUACGCCAUAUUAAGUUAAUUGCCUGCGAGCUUCUCCUCCUGUCUGUACGGUAAUGCGACAGAGAGCCGAGUGGUUAUGACGCAAUCGUUAGCCUAUUUUUUACAAAAACUGUUUAUACGGGGCCAUAAUGUAACAUAGAAGGUAAUGGAGCCCUUUAUACAUUGUUGUGUAUCUUUAGAAAUAAAUAAUGGACAAACGGAGUCUUUAAACGCCUCAGAUGUAAAGUUAUUCGCUGUCAAAGUGACGCCAAAAUGAAUGGGAGUCAAUGGGAAUGCUAACGCAAGUGCAGUUCUGCUAAAAGAUGGCAGCCCCCACCCGACUUCAACUUCCGGUCGAGUUCCUUGCCCCCUGGUUAUAGCAGGAUUGAUUCUGAUUGGCUGUCAAUGUAUCAUUCAUCAGCUGACUCCAACGAUAUCGUUUCUGUGUCUUUAUCGUUAUAGUUGUAGUGUGGACUCUGCUGUUCUUUAAUAUUGAGAACGAUUUUUAACACGGUAUCUUUAUUGUUAUCUUUAUAGUUUUCGUGCUUGGUGUGAACAAGCCAAGAACAUUAACUAUAAGGAUGACGAUAAAGAUAUAGUUCUCAAAAUCGUGAGAAAAUUCUCAGUAUCGUCCACACCGCAGCUAUAAUGAUAAAGAUGAACUAAAGAUUUUUUCAGCUGAUGAACGAUGCAAACAUUGACAGCCAAUCAGAAUCAAUCCUGCUAUAUAUAACGAGCUGGAGCAUUUAAAGCGGCAGAUAAAUAUAGUGAUCUUCACAGUAAUUGUUUUUGGUGUGAACAGGUGUAUUUAACUAACUUUGGAUCACACAGUAAUGAAUGCGCAUUUAUUUUUACACUUUCAUCUGCUUAAAAAAAAAAUGUAGCAUCGAAAUAGCAGCUGUAAAUGUGUAUCAUAUUUUUUUUUAAUCCAAAUUCUCAUAUAAUACAGCUCAAGACAAAAUAUGCUUUAUUUUUUGCUUGUUUAUUAUCUUUGGUUUUGAGGACUAUGAAUGGGAAAUAUGGAAGGAUUCAUUCUAAAGACAAAUGUAGCAUAAUUCGAGGUCAUCCGUGUAGGGUUUUGAAGGUACAAAGUUGAUAUUUUUUUCACAUCAUAUUGAUUAUUUUUUAUUUUUUACUUGAACUAUGUAAGCUUAUGAUUUGAUUUAUGUAUAUCUAUACAUUGUAUAUCCAUGAAUUGUGAUUAUUGGUGAUGAAACUGCUAUUUGAGAGGCCCUCUAUAGACGGGACACGCCACUCGAUGACUAGAGGCUAAAUCUAAUAUGAAAAGCAAUGAAAUUUCCCAGACUGAAAUCAUUUAAAGACUAAAAGCUCUGGAGCGGAUGUCCGUCUGAGAGGACCUCUAUGUGUUUCUGUUUGUUCUCGUUCUUCUAAUUGAUAAUCACAGCUGGGUUUGAUUUUGUAUUCUGUGGAAGUAGUUGGAGAAAAAACUAUUACACUGGAUGUUUUUUUUAUACAUAUGAAUAUAAUAUACAACGUACAUAAAUAAAGAGAUGUCUGUUACACAUCAGAACAAUAAACAGAGAGAACCAA